AUGUUCAAGCUUGUGGUGCUUGCUGUCUGCCUGGGUUACGCCUACAGCUGUGGCGUUCCAGCUGUACAACCCAUUCUCUCCAGUAGAGUGGUUAAUGGAGUAGACGUUCUGCAGAGCAGCUGGCCAUGGCAGAUCUCCCUGCAGUACCAGGGAAGUAGCGGCGCCUGGGGACACACCUGCGGUGGAACUCUCAUUGCUGACAACUGGGUCGUGACUGCUGCUCACUGUAUCAGCUCUGGCCGCGUGUACAGAGUGUUUGUGGGAAAACACAAUCUGAAGGAAGAGGAAGAAGGAUCUGUUGCCAUUGCCCCUGAGAAGAUCAUCGUUCACGAGAACUGGAACUCCUUCUUCAUCCUCAAUGACAUCGCUCUUAUCAAGCUUUCCGUGCCUGUGCAGCGGAGCCACUCUGUCCAGCCGGCCUGCCUGCCAGCUAACGGUGCCAUCCUGGCACACGACUCUCCCUGCUACGUGACUGGCUGGGGUCGCCUCUACACCAAUGGUCCCAUCGCUGAUGUCCUACAGCAGGCUCUUCUCCCUGUGGUGUCUCACGAGGUCUGCUCCAAGAAUGAUUGGUGGGGCUUCCAGGUUAGGACAACCAUGGUCUGCGCUGGAGGAGAUGGCAUUGUUUCCGGCUGCAAUGGGGAUUCCGGCGGUCCUCUGAACUGCCAGGCUGCCAACGGAGCCUGGGAGGUCCACGGCGUUGUGAGCUUUGGCUCCGGAAUCAGCUGCAACUAUGAGAAGAAGCCGACCGUGUUCACCCGCGUGUCUGCUUACAUCGACUGGAUCAACCAGAAAAUCGCCAGCAACUAAGAAGUGAGCCUGACCGGCUUUUCCCCACCAUGGCAAGAUUUUAUCAUCCUUCAAAUUUUAUGUAAUGAUUUGUUCAAUUUAAUGACUUUGUAAACCAAUAAAGUGAAACGAGCACGUUGA